AUGAGCCAGACCCUGAGCAGCAGUCAUGCCCUGCGACUGGCGUUGUCGGCGACGGAGUUCGAAAGCACCCUCACGUUCUUUCGACUCUUGAAAGUGACCCAACUUAAAGAACUUUGCAAGCUGGUUGGGUUGGCUCUCAAGGGCAAGAAACAGGAUCUAUUGUACCGGUUGGAGCUGUAUACGCGGUCGUGUUACGCUGCUGGCGAGAACAUUCGUCUUUUGGCCAUUCGAUCUGUGGUGUUGAAGAUGCUCAAUCACGACCCAGUGCCUGACUUCCACAACUUGUGCCAUGCGCUUCAACUGGGGCUUAUAGACUUUCAGCAGCUACUGCAGCAGAACAGUCAACAGAAUCAUCGUCUUACUUCGGGGUUGGGCCAGGUACUGAAUCGUAAGGUGUCUCCUUCUACUCAUACUCAUGUUAACCCGAUGGCUGGAGGAUACUCUUCAGGCAAUACGCUGCACGGCUCAUUGUACUAUCCAAAAUACUCCGGACCCAUGCUACUUUUCCAAAGUACGAUUUUCUACCAGCUAAUACGAAUGGUUCAUGGGUUUCCGUACAUGAUGGUGGCCCUGAAGGGCAGAAACGUGUGUAACGUGCCUGUGAGUUUGAACGCAGAGGAGAUCGAGCUUCUUGAGCAGAGUCCUGAUGCCCGUCUUUACCUAUUUAGUGGGCUAUCGUCCACGCCGAACCCAGCGAAAACGCCGAUCCAGUUUCCCCCAAUCGAAAUCCAUGUAGAUGGCAUCAACACAAAACAGUACGUCAAGGGUCUCAAGGGCAAGCCAGGUACAUGCAGACCAGCAGACUUGACCAAGUACGUGACAAAUCUUCGACGUCAGUUCACCAUUAAUAUUGUCUACUCUGACGCCUUGGAACCAUACAUUCUUUACGUAUACAUUGUUCACGCUAGAAGCCCCGAGAACUUGGUGACUAGUAUUGAAAAAGAAGGAAGCCAUAUUCCAAUUGACGUCACUAAAAAAGCUAUUCAACGAGACUAUGAGCAGAAUCAGGAUGACGAUAUUGUCAUGGACACUUCCUCCAUUUCUCUACGAUGUCCUUUAACAUAUGCCAGAAUGAAGCACCCUAUGAAGUCCACAACCUGUGACCAUGUUCAAUGUUUUGAUGGUUUGUCCUUCCUUACAAUGCAAGAGCGAAUUCCCUCUUGGAUUUGUCCUGUUUGCUCUGCUCAGCUUGAUCAAAACCUGCUUGCUGUGCUGGAUUACAUGUGUGAAAUUCUUCUGAAAACAUCUGAGGAGGUUGAUACCGUGUUGCUACAUACUGAUGGUUCUUGGUCUGUUCAGGAGGACCUGGAAAUGAAGGACGAAUCUUCCUCACCCCCUCCUAAGAGUCCGAGCGCUGCCGCUGCGUCAACUCGUUCAGAGCCUCCCAAUGAAUCGAUAGAAGUGAUAUCCUUAGACAGCGAGUCUGAGGACGAGGCUGUUUCCUCUGAAUCUGCAUCAGGUUACCCGUCAACCUCGUCAGCGGCUCUAACUGUGCCACAACCAUCACAAGAAGCUCAACCAACUCAAGAAAUCCAGCAGCCAAAUCCUCUUCAUACACAGCACGAGCGGCACAUAGAACCGUUACAACACUCACAUUCCUCACCUCAAAUACAGCAACCAGGAUACUCAUCGCAAAGACAAAUCCCGGGCCUGCAAACUUCUACUGAUGCGGGAAGCUAUUACCACCAAAAUCGCAGCCUGAUAUCAUACACCUUAAAUCCUCCUCCAAGCUCUGAGUUUCGAGACGCAUAUCACUCCUCGAAUGGAAGGCAAGCUCAUUCUUCACAGCCGACGCAUUGGGUACGUUAUCAUGAUUCCUCACGAAGCGGAAGUAUAACAACCACUGCAAAUAGUUCAAAGGGCCAUACUGGAAUGAGCUCAUCAAGACCGUAUGUGACAACUAAUGGAAACAGCGUUAGUGGCGCAUCAGGCUCAAGCAUUGGAGCAUCUGGCCAAUCGUAUACUCCACCCUCCGCAAAUUCUCCAACUAUUCUAAAUCGUCCUUUCACGGCACAUCCAGCAUCUCGACCACAACUUCCAACACCCCACCAACAAUCAUUACUGCAACAAGGUCAAAGGCAUAGUCUUCCCUUGCCGACAGCCACAGCCCAGGAGACUCGACAAGGUGAUACAACACAAGAAAGAGGAGAAUCUUCAUCAGAUAAUGACACCCUGCUGAACAAUCGCCACGAGCCUAGCGAAAAUACGCCUCUAAGUAAGCAUCGUCGCAAAGCACCAGUGAUUCAAGAUGAUCCAGAUCUGGGCUCAGAAUCACGCAGUUUGCCCCCUGUUAGAGCAAACGACCCUAAUCGAAGAGACUUACAAAGGAGCCCACCUGUUCGGGCCUUUGAUGAAUCAGCUCUGGCAUUAAAUCAAGCAUCUCCUCAAAAUUCAUACCACGAGUCGCCUAUUCUCCCUGCGCCUCGAAGUGCUAGCCCGCAAAACGUUACAAGACUUCCUUCCAUCAACACUUUAAACCAAAACUUGCGAAAUGGAGCGUCAUCAACUCACAAUUCCGGAUUUAUUGUACCAUGGGCCAGAGAUCAACCUAUAAGUAGCUCAUCGAGCCCCGAGGUUGCAAAAAACUCUUCCUCGGCUUACGUAUCUGGACAGCAGGUAAGUAACGCAAGUGCAAUGGCACAGCAACAGCUGACUGCUGGAUCUGCUCAUGGUUGGAGAGGGGCAGCGACGAACGGUAUCAAUUCUCCAGAACCAGAUAGAAUAACAGAACAAACAAAUCGUAAAGCUCUGCAAAAGGAUUCCCCCGAGCUUAGCCAGUUGAGCAAAGCAGGGUCUGUUAUACAAAAGAUCCACCAACAAUACUCCAGGUCGUCUUCACCUUCUGCGCAACAACCACAAGCAUCGUCAUCUAGCGCGAAUCGCAGUGCUCUUACAUCAAGCGGUUCUACGCAAGAGACUCAAGCAAAUGCAAAUGCUGCAGCAACAGCAGUUACAAGUUUGGCUUCAGCGGAUACAGAUCAGCAGAAUACCACAGGAGAAAAAGGUGUUUCUCAUGAGGCACAGUCCUUAAUCAAUGAAAGCCAAAAAACGGGGAUCCCACAUCAACGGGAGAGGCAGAGCCAGGUGCCCGAAGUGAAUCAACAGCCUCCGAAUGCUCGACAGAGUGUCAUUGCGGAACGCUAUCGUCAGCUUAUUCUGACGUCUUCAACACUCAUUAACAACUACCACAAAAUGGCUUUGGAUACUAACAAUUCUAAUAACAGUGGGAUUCCAAACGUGCCUUCUACAUCCCAAUCAGCCAACUCGCAACCUCAGGAAGGAUCGAAAAGGGAGAUCUCAGGUGUUGAGGGGCGCGAGAAUGACGCCACGAGAAUUCAGCAAUCCAAGUCAGAGAGGACAGAGGAACAGACCCUCAAAGAGGGCAAUAAUACCGGAGACUCCAUGUCUGCCACUGAGGUAAGCUCAUCGACUACCACCAAAGGCAAUUCUGAACAGUCAACUGAGACCACGGCAGAUGUGCCGGCCCUUCUUCAGGCUCAAGCUGUGAAGCCGAGUGCCAUCCAGGAUAGCCUGACUACAACUUCCGAGAUGAUGCAGAAGACCCUGACUGGGAUGACGCAUUCUUCUUCUAAGAAUCGAAAUACAAGAACCGAACAGGAACACCAAAGGCUGUCGGAACCGGAGCACAACAGGCCAGCGCCAGAGCCAGCACGAGCCGAAAACUACUCACGUUCAGCCUUCGAUGUGUUGACUGAAGAGGAUGCAUUUCAAAAGAUUAAAGGAGUGUUGGAUAUUGAGAUUUCAGGUAAUCUAUUGCGGUCCAGAAGCCCUUUGGCCACGCAAGCUAGCGAGCCCCUGGCGCUACCAUCAGGAACAGCAGUUCAUUCCCAGUCUACUCCACACGUAAACCGUGUACAAGAACUGUCUAAUGGAGAAAACACAUCUCCAAUUGACAGUCGCAUCGAGAGAAUGUCGAUUGAAACACCUAACGGCAAAAAGAGAUCCAUUCUGAAUUCGUCAUCUGAACGAUCAUGGAAUAAGCGACUCAACAGACAAGGGUCCAAAAAGUUUGACCCGAGCGAGAUCAACUCAUCACAGAUCAUAGAGCUUGACGACUAA